GGCGGCGGCGGCAGAGGCGGCGACAGCAGCGAAGGAGUGCGCUGACUCUCAGCCCCACAGGAGAUGGAUGACCUGGAGUCGGACUUCAAUCUGAAAGUCGUCCUCAUCAGCUUCAAGGAGUGUCUCAAUGAGAAGGGAGAGGUGCUGCUGGAGCACUACCUCACCGGCUGGAGGGGGCUGGUCAGGUUUCUGAACAGCCUGGGCGUCAUGUUCUCCUUCAUCUCCAAGGACGUGAUGGCGAAGCUGCAGAUCAUGGAGCGGCUGCGCAGCGGCCCGCAGCGGGACCACUACGACAGCCUGCAGGCCAUGGUGGCCUACGAGGUGGGCAACCAGCUGGUGGACCUGCAGCGCCGCUCCAGCCACCCGGACUCCGGCUGCCGGACGGUGCUUCGGCUGCACCGAGCGCUGCGCUGGCUGCAGCUCUUCCUGGAGAGCCUGCGCACCAGCCCUGAGGACGCGAGCACCUCCGUGCUCUGCACGGACUCCUACAACGCCUCGCUGGCCGCCUACCACCCCUGGAUCGUCCGCCGGGCUGUCACCGUGGCCUUCUGCACGCUGCCCACGCGCAAGGUCUUCCUGGAGACCAUGAACGUGGGGCCCCCCGAGCAGGCCGUGGAGAUGCUGGAUGAGGCCCUGCCCUUCAUCCAGCACGUGUACGACAUCUCCCAGAAGCUCUAUGCUGAGCACGCCCUGCUGGACCUGCCCUAGGGGCUGCUGGGCCCGGGCUGGGAGGGCCUCCCCUUGCCCAGAGCUGGGCCGGGGCAGGCAGGGCCCGCCAGUCGCACAGCGCAGCUUUCUGGGUGCCCCAGGAGCAGGGAAACCACUGUCCCCGAGACAGACUGAGAGCUGAGCUUGUGGGGAGCCACGGACUGAGCAUGGCCCACCUGGGGGACAGACAGAGAAGGCAGGCACCCGCUGGGUGGGUGAGGUGCAGAGUGCAGGGAGGUCGAGCAGGCCCAGCCUUCCUUCCAAAGCCUGAGAGGCCGCCCUCACCUGUGAGCCGUCGGUGAGAGGGGUGACUCACCGGCCCCUGUAGCCAGCUUGUCCUGUCAGACCCCCUGGGUCCUGUGUCUGGCUAGGUGGGCUGCCUGCAGCCCCUCCAUCCCAGGUGGGCUGUGUGUGCGCCAGGCAGGGAGGGAACCUGGGCAGCCAUUGGCAGUGCCUCCAAUCCCUUGCCACUCACGUGUCGUCAGCAGUGACGACCGAGGGCUGGAGCCCGGAGCACACGUCAGCUGCCUUCUGCAGCCGCACCCCCCCGGGCGGCUGCUGUGAGUGUGCACAGCACGACCCCGGAGCCUGCGCGAGCCCGGGACUGCUGGGCCAGCUGGCCUCUCCCUUCCGGGCGUCCAGCAAGAUGCUGCAUUCCACCCCCACCUGGCCCCUGGCUGUCUGUCCCCAUGGAGCUCAGAAGGCCCAGGAUGCCUGGCACAGGGGGAGCCCGGCGCCCCUGCUGAACAGGCUGGCAGACAGCCAUGCGCAGCCGUCCCUGGGCACCUGGCCUGCCCUACUGCCUCUUCACUGUGAUCUCAGGACCUUGGGUGCCAAGGGCCCACCACGCAGCAGUCCUGCAUGAGUGUGACCUUGCGGGGAUCCUUGGGAACUGUAAUACGGGUGACAAUUUUUGCAAUGUAAAUAAAUUAUGAUUACAGAA